GUAUAGGUCUUUCCGUUUCUGGCGGUGCUAUGGUACGGUACCGGUACUCUUUCUUGCAGGUCGGUUUCCCCGCCGGACCACACAACCCAGACACCCCACGAUAUCAUCCUCGGGGGUUCCCCAGACACGGUACUGGGUGAGAAAAAAGGAAAGAGAGACGGAAGUCACACCAUUCGGGUACCAGUGCAUGCACGGUAUAGUACCGUAUCUAAACACCGCACCUCCCUCGGGUAGUUUAGCUUCCGUAUCCGCGGAAGUGCCUAAUAUAGGGAUGACAUAUAGUGAGCGAGGAAAAUGGCGGGGGGGGGGGGGGGUAAGCUUCUGCGGGGUAUGAUAUAUAUAAGCUGCCAGCUCCCUUUCUCGCCAGCACGUUUCCCCGGCCGUACAGCGCGAGCUGGGAGGUAGCGAAGGAAAAAAAGAAAGAAAGAACACUAUGACGACUAACAAUAUUAAGGCUAUUCAUCCGUACGAUGACCCCAGGGUCACGCAUAAGUUUCAGGUGGUCAAUGGGAAGAAUUACCGUAUGUAUCCGCCCUAACCCCCCAUCUACUUGAGUAGAGGUGGCUACUGUAGUAAUAGUAGUGAAAAUUGCUCACCUUAUUGGUGUCUUAGACUACGUCCACGGUGCGCCAACCGGAAAUGUUAGGGGAACUUUCCUUUGUGUAAGUUCGUUUGUUUGCAGUCUUAGGUUGUUAUCGCUAGCAAAGCUAAUGAUGAUAGCUUCACGGGUUCCCGGACUUGUGGUGUACGUCUCUUAGGGAGGUAGGGCUUGGGCAAAAGCUAACGACAAUUGUAGACGGAUAUCGUUUCAUUAUCCCUUUUAUUUUGGAGAGGGGAUUCCGUGUGAUUGUCCCCGAUAUGCUAGGAUUUGGGCAAACGGUUCGUUUAUCGCUGCUCCUUGAUUGAUUUUUUUUUUAAAAAAAAGGGGGUAGAGCAGCUAACAAAUUUCCAGGAUGCACCCAGAGUCCCGCCGGCAGACAUCUCAGCAUACUCCAUGAAGAACGUUGCAGCCGACAUGAUAGAGUUGCUCAAGCUUCUGAAUGUGCCGAAAGUCAUCCUUUUCGGACACGAUUGGUACUAUUUGCUCUACCUUUUCUUGGCAUACCGGCACUCUAGUACUAAUCUAUCAGCAAAACUCCAGGGGCUCAGCGAUAGCGUCGAGGAUAUACCUCUACAACAGCGAGAUAGUAUCCCAUAUUGUCAACGUUUGUUUUCCAUUUACGCCCCCAGUCCGAGAGUAUAUCCCUAUUCGUGAGCUUGUAGCAACAAAAGUCCCCUCGUUCAAGUAUCAAAUAGCGUUUCAGGACCCGCAGACAGAGAAGGAUACCGAAGCACCCGGCAAGGUCCGGCAGUUCCUUAAGGGGCUUCACAGAGCCCCUGGGGAUGAGGCAGCCAAUUUAAUGGUGGAAAAGGACAUCGUCGAGAGUGUCGGAGAUCUCAAGAGGGGCAGGUUCAUGACGGAGGAGGAUUUGGACUACUAUACGAAGGAAUAUGAAAGGAAUGGGUUCCACGGGCCUCUGAACUGGUACAAGACUCGGAAGGUGAACUAUGAGGACGAGAAAGAGUAUUCACCCCGCUCCCCCCAUCUCUGUUGUUACCAUUUAAUAUGAUUCUAACUAAGGCAAAAGUCUUCCAUUUGAGGGUUUCAAGGUGCCAUGCCUUUUCCUCGGAGCGAAAUAUGAUAUAGCUACUCCGCCUUCUAUGGCUGAAUCUCAGAAGCACUCUAUCCCACACCUCACUGCCCGGCUUAUGGACACUGGCCACUGGGCUCUGCUGGAAGAUCCGGAGACCGCUAUUGGACAUGUGAGCGAGUGGAUUGAUGCCGUAGUUCUUGGUGGUGGUGAGAGCAAUAUCUAAGGGCAUUGUGCUGUGGUUAGCGACCGCGCAGUUGUGAUCUAUGAAAUUUGAAUUUGCCUUGAUCUUGAUCCCAUGUUUCUUAGGGGUUCGUGGAUGCGCAAAAUGCUGUUUAAUUCCAAUUCCCACGACUGCGUACUUGAAGAUUGGAAGAAUGGAAUCUAACUUAGACUCCCCGUUCUCUUCAGGGUGCCGCAAUACCCAGUUGUCAGGUGUUGAAAACAUGAGAAUGAUUUCAUAUGGGAGCCAUAAGCAUUCACGUGUAUAUGUAAGUGCUUACGCAUCUUUCAUGUCCUUGUUGUGCGUUGCUCCCUGAAGUUUGUUUUCUCCUGUUUUUUUUUCUUUUCUCUUACCUAACCAACCAACACAUCCAAUUCCUUCUGUUCCUCCCUCGCUGUUUUCCUCCACUCUGCACAGUCAACAAACCUACCUCCUUCUUUUCUUUCUCUUGACUCCACUCUCUGUAUACAAGAAAAAUACUUUUCUCUCUUUGG